AUGGUGGAGGUUUUUAUGGUGCAUCCGAAUCUGCAACUCUCGUCUUGUAAUAAUGAUCUCACUAAGGACCUCAAUCGGUACAAAUCGGUUUAUGAGACCCUUCAGGAGAGAUAUAACGAGCAGGUCAGAGCAUUUGAAAAAUCUCACGGAGGUUCCAAAGAGGACGACGGGUCGUUACAAUAUAAGGAACUGGGUUACAUAAAGUAUUUCGUGGAUUUGGCACAGAAGGAAUACGAAUACAUGUGUUCAUACUACCAGAUCAAUAAUAUCAUACGGAAAUACUUUAGUAAGCAGGAGAUUUCCCCGGAGAUGGAAGAAGAAGGGCUGGACCUUAUUGAAAAGGAGAUGGCGUCCUAUAAGGAAAUCGAGAAGGAGCUGGAUCAGCUCAAGGCCCGCAGAGGCGAUGUGGAGCAGCCGAUUGCUGAAUACUGUAAAAGGCAUCCGGACGAUGAGGGAUGCAAAAAUAGGAAAGAGCCUCUUAUCGAUACAAUUAAUGCACAUAAUUAA